GGACUGUUUCAGGUUUACCCUGCUCCAACCCUCCUUUCAAGCUCCACUAUCCGUUCUGUCUUCCGAGUCCAAACACGUCUCUUCGCACACCCUGCCUCGCUCCCAUACAAGUUUGCCGAUUCCGUUGACUCUGCACCAAGGAAGAAAAGAGGAGCUUGGAAGCAAGUGAAGUCAGUCUGGAUGAUGAUAGUGCCGGACAUGAGCAUCAUCUGAUUUCCUGGAGGCAGAGGGAGCGGAGGGUUCAGUUGUGGGGGUUGUGGUAAUAGGAGGGGAGAAACAAGGAUGGCUGGUGGUGGAGGUGGAGGAUCGGCGGGAGCAGCGCCGAAGCAAGACGACACACAGCCCCACCCCGUGAAGGAGCAGCUACCUAAUGUUUCCUACUGCAUCACCAGCCCUCCUCCCUGGCCCGAGGCUAUUCUUCUUGGGUUCCAGCAUUACCUCGUGAUGCUAGGCACCACCGUUAUCAUUCCUACCGUUCUUGUUCCUCAGAUGGGUGGAGGAAAUGAUGAGAAGGCCAGAGUCAUACAAACAUUUCUUUUUGUGGCUGGGUUGAACACUCUGUUGCAAACACUUUUUGGCACUCGUUUACCCGCUGUAAUUGGAGGUUCAUACACCUUUGUUGUGCCCACCAUCUCAAUCAUUCUGAACGAUCGUUACAACGACAUCAUCGAUCCUCACAAGAGAUUCCUGCGGACCAUGCGGGGGACGCAGGGCGCGCUGAUCGUUGCUUCAGUCGUCCAGAUCAUAAUAGGCUUCAGCGGCCUAUGGCGUUUGGUCACAAGAUUCCUUAGUCCUCUUUCGGCUGCACCGUUGGUCGCUUUGGCUGGCUUCGGCCUCUAUCAACUUGGCUUCCCUGGAGUUGCAAAAUGCAUUGAGAUUGGACUUCCACAGCUAAUAGUGCUAGUAAUAGUUUCGCAGUAUGUACCGCAUGCAAUACAUUUGAAGAAGAACAUCUUUGACCGUUUUGCUGUCAUAUUCUCCGUCGCUAUUGUAUGGCUUUAUGCAUUCAUCCUCACUGUAGGAGGUGCAUAUAGGCAUGCGGCACCAAAAACUCAACAACAUUGUCGUACCGAUCGUUCUGGUCUCGUCGCUGCAUCUCCUUGGAUAAGAAUACCAUACCCCUUCCAAUGGGGAGCCCCAACCUUUGAAGCCGGAGAAGCUUUUGCAAUGAUGGUUGCUUCUUUUGUUGCUCUUGUGGAGUCAACUGGUACUUUCAUUGCGGUCUCGAGGUAUGCAAGCGCGACACAAGUGCCCCCUUCGAUCCUAAGUCGGGGCGUCGGUUGGCAGGGAAUUGGGAUAUUGUUGGAUGGGAUAUUUGGAACGGCCAAUGGUUCCACAGCGUCCGUUGAAAAUGCUGGCUUGCUAGCCUUGACUCGUGUUGGCAGCCGAAGAGUGGUUCAAAUAUCUGCAGGAUUCAUGAUAUUCUUUUCCAUACUCGGAAAAUUUGGAGCUGUUUUUGCGUCCAUUCCAGGAUCAAUCAUUGCAGCACUAUACUGUCUUUUCUUUGCUUAUGUUGGUGCUGCAGGACUCGGUUUACUUCAAUUCAGCAACCUCAACAGCUUCAGGACAAAGUUCAUCUUAGGAUUCUCUGUGUUUCUGGGCUUGUCCAUUCCACAAUACUUCAAGGAGUAUACUUCUGUUGCUGGCUAUGGACCUGUACAUACUGGUGCAAGAUGGUUCAACGAUAUCGUCAACGUCAUCUUCUCCUCGGAAGCGCUUGUUGCGGGUUUUGUGGCAUAUUUCUUGGACAACACUAUGCAGUUGCAUGAGAGCUCAACCAGGAAAGAUAGGGGGUAUCACUUCUGGGACAAGUUCAGGACCUUUAAGAAGGACCCCAGAAGUGAGGAGUUCUACUCCUUGCCAUUUAAGCUCAACAGGUUCUUCACACCGGACUGAAACUGGAAGCAUCGCUCAUCACUCGGGAGUUGUGGCCAGUCCUUUCCUGCUGGCCAUCUGCGGAGGUAUAAUAUCACUGUUUUCUUCCCUGUAUUUUCUUCUAGAUGUUUACUUUGUGUAUUUGGUGGGUGCAAACAGAGAUCUCGCUUUGUUAUUCCUAGCUGUGGAUAUCCUUGUUACAUGCAAAUGAUAUGAACUCUGCUACUCUUGGAUUGAGAAUCAAGAAAAAGUUAGGCCUUUUGGCUUUGCAAAGCUUCAUCUAUUUUUUUCA